UGCCUGGCACCUUCUGGCACCUCCCUGGGCAAGGAACACUGUGCUGCUGCCACAAGGACUCCCACGGACAUCCAGGUCAGAGGAGAGCAGCCAAAAUGGCCUCGGUCUUCCGGAGUGAGGAGAUGAGCCUGAUGCAGCUCUUCCUUCAGGUGGAGGCUGCCUACUGCUGUGUGGCUGAGCUUGGGGAGCUGGGUCUGGUCCAGUUCAGAGAUCUGAAUGUGAAUGUCAACAGCUUCCAGAGAAAGUUUGUGAAUGAAGUGAGAAGGUGCGAAUCCUUGGAGAGGAUCCUGCGUUUUCUAGAAAAUGAGAUGGAAGACAGCGUUGAGAUAGUCAAACGAGAAAAGUACCCAGAGACCCCCCUGCCUCGGGAGAUGAUUGAUAUGGAGACAGUGCUGGAAAAACUAGAAGCCGAGCUUCUGGAAGCCAACCAGAACCAGCAAACACUGAAGCAGAACUUCCUUGAACUGACAGAGCUCAAACAUCUGCUGAAGAAAACCCAGGACUUCUUUGAGGCAGAAACCAAUCUGCCGGAUGAUUUCUUCAGUGAGGACACAUCUGGACUGCUGGAGCUGAGAAGCACUCCUGCUGCUGCAGCUGCCAAGCUGGGAUUCACAGCUGGGGUAAUACGGAGAGAAAGGAUGAUCCCCUUUGAGCGUUUACUGUGGCGAGCCUGCAGGGGAAACAUCUACCUGAGAUACACUGAAAUGGACACCCCUAUGGAGGACCCUGUGACAAGAGAAGAGAUGAAGAAGAACGUGUUCAUUAUCUUUUAUCAAGGAGAGCAACUUAAACAAAAAAUCAAGAAAAUUUGUGACGGAUUUCGUGCCACAGUCUAUCCCUGUCCAGAGUCUGCCACCGAGCGCCGAGAAAUGCUUGAUGGAGUCAACACAAGGAUCGAGGAUUUAAACACAGUCAUAACACAAACUGAGUCCCACCGCCAACGACUGCUGUAUGAGGCAGCAGCCAACUUGUGGUCCUGGGGGAUCAAAGUGAAGAAAAUCAAGGCUAUCUACCACAUCCUGAAUUGCUGUAACAUCGACGUCACCCAGCAGUGUGUCAUUGCAGAGAUCUGGUUCCCAGUGGCUGAUGCUGACCGGAUAAAAAGAGCUCUCCAUCAAGGAAUGGAGCGCAGUGGCUCUACGAUUGCCCCUAUCCUUACUGCCAUACACACCAGGAUGGCACCACCCACCUUCAACAGGACCAACAAGUUCACAGCUGGAUUUCAGAACAUUGUGGAUGCGUAUGGUGUGGGCAACUACAGGGAGAUGAACCCGGCUCCAUACACUAUCAUUACUUUCCCCUUCUUGUUUGCGGUGAUGUUUGGGGAUUGUGGCCAUGGUGCUGUCAUGCUGGGCUUUGCACUCUGGAUGGUCAUUAAUGAGAAGAGCCUUCUGGCCCAGAAAAGCACUAAUGAGAUCUGGAAUACCUUUUUCAGCGGGCGCUACUUGAUCCUGCUCAUGGGCAUAUUCUCCAUGUACACCGGCUUCAUCUACAACGACUGCUUCUCCAAAUCAUUCAACUUCUUUGGUUCUUCCUGGCAUAUCAUCCCCAUGUUUAAAAAUAACACUUGGAAUAAGGAUGUGCUUCUAGAGAAUCCGGUGCUGCAGUUGGAUCCAGCAAUCCCAGGAGUCUACUCUGGAAAUCCAUAUCCAUUUGGAAUAGAUCCGAUCUGGAAUGUUGCAUCAAACAAGCUGACUUUCCUGAACUCCUACAAAAUGAAGAUGUCAGUUGUCAUAGGGAUUGUGCACAUGAUUUUUGGGGUGAUACUCAGCCUCUUCAACCACAUAUACUUCAGGAAAUAUAUAAACAUUAUCCUUCAGUUCAUUCCAGAGAUGAUUUUUAUUAUCUCUCUUUUUGGCUACCUGGUCUUCAUGAUUAUUUUCAAAUGGUGUCAUUUUGAUGUCCACUCAUCCCAGAGUGCACCAAGCAUCCUCAUCCAUUUCAUCAAUAUGUUUCUGUUCAAUUAUAGUGACACUUCAAACGCUCCACUGUAUCUGCAUCAGAAAGAAGUGCAGAGUUUCUUGGUGAUAUUUGCUCUGAUUGCUGUUCCCUGGAUGCUCCUAAUCAAACCUUUCAUCCUCCGAGCCAACCACCAGAAAGCACAGCGCAUGAUCCGUUCUCAAGCCAUCUCAGGAAACUCUGGAGGUGAAAAUGAGGUAGAUGUCUCAGAGACCAACCACGCCAAGAAAGCUUCCCAAGGAGACCACAGUGGUGGCCAUGAAGGACAUGAGGGUGAUGAGGAAGAGUUCAAUUUUGGAGACAUAUUUGUCCACCAAGCUAUCCACACCAUUGAAUACUGCCUUGGCUGCAUCUCCAACACAGCAUCCUACCUGCGGCUCUGGGCGCUGAGCUUGGCCCAUGCACAGCUUUCAGAGGUGCUUUGGACCAUGGUGAUGCACAGUGGGCUCAGCAGCAGCGGCUGGGCAGGCCUCAUUGUCAUCUUCAUCAUCUUUGCAGCUUUUGCAGUGCUGACAGUGGCCAUCCUGCUGGUCAUGGAGGGGCUCUCUGCCUUCCUGCAUGCCCUGCGUCUGCACUGGGCUUGACAGCACUGGAUUAGAGAAGCUUGCACACAUCAUCACUUAACAAAAGUGUUAGUUUUGAGCUGUGUAAACAAAAGACUGCACCCGUUUCAACAUUGGCAGCCAUUUUAUUUAUCUCUAUUGGCUUGUUUCUCACUGGAGACUUAAGAUGACUCCCCAUGUGCUGUAUUUUUCAAGAUGGGUUGUUAAAGCAGAUUGUGUAGAAAUGCUAAUACUUAAUGAACAGAAAGAAGAGUGGAAUGAAAGCAGCUGAUGUGAAUUUGAAGUACUGAUGUACUGUGACCUUCCUAAAUAUUCCUGAAUUACUAAUCUUUCAAACUGAAGAGUGUUAAUCAGGCUAUGUUUUUUUAACCAUGAAGUAUGUGAAGAAAACAGAGCACACCAAUGGAUUUGGAGUGGACAGUGCUCCUUUCCAUGGGGUGUGACCAAACAAGCCCUUAUUUUCAAACCUCACACCCUUGAUAUCCAGCUCCACCAAAAAAACAGCCUGGGAGUGUUCCCACAGGACACACGGUGCAAUAGUCAUCACAGGUAAUAUUUCUGCAGUAUUCAGGCUUGAAAGUCACCUUCAGCUACAGUGACAGGGGAGAAAAUGCAGCCCCAGGCAAAGCGGUUGUUUUAAUUUUCUCUUGUGUUCUCAAGAAGCCACACUGAUGUUGGGCAUUGGUCACCAACAGAGCCACGAGCCUUUUUCAACACCAGCUUGGGUUAGGAGCAGCAGCUGGAGCUGAGAUGAGGUGGGCACAGCAGCAUGUCCAUGACCCUUGCAUGGUCUCGUGUCACCAGUUCUUUGGGCAUGGGUAACCUACAGUACAGACAAAAACCUCAUGGAUAUCACUGCAGAUGGGGUCACAGUUGCUCAGUGUAUGCUCAUCACCUUUGUUUCUUCCUUCCAGCCUGUUUUGUAUAUUGCUAUUCAAGAGAAAAGCAGUCUCGCAGCAAGAAAGGCCAAAGUAGUUUGAUGCAUUACCAAACACAGAGAAAACCAUUUGCUUUAUGAAACAGAGGGUGAAUUUUCUGCACAGACACACAUUUUAUCGUUAUUACACCUUUCCAUGGGAUUGCAAUGUAACUGAGAAGGUGAUUACCAGAAACAGAAUAUCUGUUCGUCUUAGAGCUUCUUGGUUUUGCUUUUCAUCUGAGGUUUACAUAUCGAGCAAGAAAAACAAGUUAUCCUGCAGGUGACAAAAUGGUCUGUUGUUUGCUGUACUGAACAGCAAUUCAAAAACUGGGCUUAAUUCUGUAUUCAGCUCUCUCUUUUCUGCGCACAACUGAAAAGCACAGCAGAGCCUGUGUCUCACUUGAGCAUUUGUGACAGAGGGAUGGCACUUUCCCACUCCACAAGUGGACCAAGCCCACUUAUAAUCAGGGAGCAUUCAGAUGAAAUAUUGCUGAGAGGCACGGUUGCACUGAUACACUUUGAGGAGAGCCCUGGCUUUCAUCUGGGGCUUUUAAAGAAUUCUUUAAAAACCUAGAAAUGUUUCAGGGAGUGCCUUGUUUUUCAAAGGUUUUCCUGCAGAAAAUGAGGGGGAUUUUGCAGCAGAGCAGAGCAGGGGCUGCUCAUUUCCCUGUACAGCUGCUAAGCUGAAUGGGACCAUGUUCUCUGACUGUUUCUGUGAAUAUGCCCAUCAUACGAGGUCAGGUCCAGCAGAGAUCACUGUUACAGACUAGUAGACCUUUUGGUACAACAGCCCCAUGACUUUAUCUAAACUUUGCCCAUUGCUGGAGAAGGUGUGACCUGACCCAAGCCAGGGCCUCAGCAUGUCCCUCUGCAGCAGACUCAGGAUUGGUGCCUAGGGUGGAAUGGGUGCUUCUGGACCCAAAGCUCAUCCUGUGGCUAUAGAGCUGUUUCUGAGAACUGGCGACAUGAGUGAUAUCAUUUUGUAGGAAACAAACAUUAAAAAACCCUCAGUGAAUGACCAUGUAGGAAGGGAAAGGGAUAGCAAAGUCAAGCAAACUGUUUUCAGUCAGCCACACUUAUUCUUUCCUGAGUUUUUUACUCCUUCCCAUAAGAGCUACUGCUGUGUGUGCCCAGGCCCUCCUGCCAGGACAACUUUGUGAUGUGGAAGAUGAAGAAAGUAUUAAGUAUUUGGAGUAUCAAGUUUUUGUCCAGUCCCUUAGGUCCUCCUGGCUGGUGAUGAUGAACUGGCUUUUGGACUGAGUUGUCAUAAACUCUAGGAGUCAGUUUCUCGGAGUCCAGCCUCUGGCUCCUGCAGCAAACAACGCUUUCCUCAGUGUUUACCCAGAUGAUGGCCCUGCAUCAUGUCCUUGGCCAGCAUGGAGACCUUUUUUCUCACUCUCAGUCUUUUAUUUCUUCUGG